AUGACUUUAUGCAACCUUUGCAGAGAAAUACCAUGGGAGAAACUUCCGAAAGUCCCACCAGACUCAUUACCGGCCAUGAGCGGCUAUCCGUAUCUCCAAGACUUUCAUCACUGGCCGGUAGAUAGCCGAGGCUACCUACAUCAUCAGAGUCUGGCAGCUCUGCGAAACGCUGCUGACAAUGAGGGCUGUGGUAUUUGUUUCUUGAUACUGAAUCAGAUUAGGUUAUGCGAGGCGGAACUCGAAGAGCUUAAGCCCCAGUGGGAAGCAGGAACAAUAACACAGUAUGGCUGGCCGCUAUGGGAGAUGUGGAUUGUCAAGAGAGAGGUUGGAGGGGAUGGGUUUUGGGUCAUGAGUACAACGGACUACGGCAAACGGACCGUAAGGCUUGUGGCAGCAAUUGGGCUCUGUGUAGGAGAUGGUGAUCCUUUGGCCCAGAUUAUUCGCGGACGACCCGUUGAGCAGUAUGGCGGAACUUCGAAGGCGAUAAAAAGGGUUCAUGAGUGGGUUACUAAAUGCAACGAGCACCCUAAAUGCGACCCCGGAGACACGCUGUUGCCAGGUCGAGUCGUUGACGUGGGGGAUGAUAUCAACAGCCCAUUUGCUAGACUCCGGGAAACAGACGGACAGGAACGUGGAAAAUACAUAUCUCUGAGCUACUGUUGGGGAAAAGAGCCCCAAUUCACAACCACCAAAGCAACCCUCGAAGAACGCAAACAUAAAAUUACUAUCUCUAAUCUGUCACAAACGCAUCAGGAUAUCAUUAAACUAGCACGGGAACUUGGUGUUAGAUAUCUCUGGAUAGAUAGCCUCUGCAUUUGUCAAGGCGACUACGACGAAUGGGAGCGCGAAUCAGCAAAGAUGCUGUCCAUCUACGCUAACUCUUACCUUGCCGUCGCUGCUUCAAAAUCAAAGGAUCAGUCAGAAGGACUCUUCAGCAAGACAAAUCCAAGGGAGUACAAGACGUUUGAGUAUACAUCCGGAGACAUCAGUGGACAGGUCAUGGCUUUCAAUCUUCCGAUUGACAAUGAAUCUGGUACCAGUUCUUAUGUGAGCCUGCCAGAUGAGCCACUCUCCGACCGGGCGUGGGCUCUUCAAGAACGAGUGCUGCCGUGUCGAACUUUGCUUUAUACAAAGCAGCAGAUGUUCUUUGAGUGCAGUGAGGGAUUUCGAGGAGAGGACGGCACGGUUCUCGAUUGGAGAUUUGUGAACGUGCAUGAUAUGCCAGAUGGACUCGAGGGAGGAAAGGAGGCUGAAGAUCAAGAGGAAGAAGAUGAUCCCAAAGCAUCACUGUAUCAAUCAUGGUAUAGCCUUCUCUGGAUAUACGGCCCUCGGAAACUGACAGAGGCGUCGGAUAAACUCCCUGCCAUCUCUGGUCUCGCGGGUAUCUUUGCCCAGCGUCUAAACGACGAGUAUGUCGUUGGUCUAUGGCGAUCAAGACUGUUAGAAGGACUGCUCUGGCAAAGCCUCGAAUGUAGACGUGUUUCAGAGUACAGAGCACCAUCCUGGUCGUGGGCAUCCAUGGACGGAAUUCCUGGCCUCGGGGUAAGUGCACCUUACGAGGAAGUUGCGAGAGUCUUGGAUGUCAAGAUUGAUCUCAAGGGCACGAAUAUCUACGGCGAGGUUACAAGUGGAAGGCUGCAGAUCCAGGCGCCGAUGGAGCGAUUAUACCUCGACGUCAAAGACUGGGAUCCUACCAAACCUGGGUUCGCGUAUGAUAACAAUCCUCCGAUCCGUACAGCACAUGAUGAGACGCAUUCGCGGUUCGACUUUGACUUUACUGCUGAUGAUGCACCGCAGGAGGCACUGAAGAUAGUCAAGAGUUUAGAAGGGAAGGAAAUCUUUGCGCUCAUCCUGCUGAAGGUUAAAGAAAUGGAUGAGGAGACUUCUUAUCAUGCGUUAGUGGUCAAGAGAGUCGAUGGGGGAGAGGAGUAUGAGAGGCUGGGGUUUGGGUUUAUUGACGAAAAGGCUUUGGGACGGCCACUGGAUCUCGAAGCGCGGGAUGAGUUUCCUAUUAUUACACUUGUGUAA